UGAGAGAAGAUGGCGGCGCCCAGCAGAACGCAGGUUUUAGCGUUGUAUCGGAUGCUUUUGAGGGAAAGCAGCAAAUUUCCUUCUUAUAACUACAGGACGUACGCCCUACGUAGGGUACGUGAUGCUUUCAGGGAGAACCAGAAUGUUGAGGACCCGAAAGUUCUGGAGCAGCUGUUGAACAAGGCACACGACAGUCUGGCCAUCAUCAAGAGACAGGUCACCAUAGGAAAGAUGUACGAGGCUCAACCGACUGUAGUGGAGUCCACGCCAAAGAAAUUCAUCUGAUUGGACAUGAGUGGAUGACGAAGCUCUCUGUGGAGGUGGACCAAGGCUUUUCAGCAGACUACUGACUGUCAAACACACCUACAUCUCGGCUGAGGAUGAGGCAUGAUGAUGAUGAUGAUGAUACCAUUGAAGCAAUGGUUUGCCAUAUAUACAUUCACUGUUCCCAGAUCACUUCCACCCCGACUGCCUCUUUAUAAAGUCAACUGUGCUGAAGUGUAAACUUCACACCACACAGCCUGCUGUUAGAGCCCACCAUUCGGAGUCUGUCCUUUUAUCAAGUUUGUCGAUACAGGUCAUGUGUGUAUUAUUUGUCUUGUUUCAUUAAAGCUAUGUUACUUUAAAACACCACAA